CUGACUCGGCGAGAAGUCGCCGUCUUUGCUGUCAGUCGGCCCAGCGGGGUGGCAGAGUGCGGCGGGCGCGUCGCAGAUCAUGAGAGAAACGACCCAGAAUCACUAGUCUGCAGCGACGCAGGGGGAGGGGAGUGGGGGGUCCUGAGUCAACAUGGAGAGGUUCAAACGAUCUUUUUGACUUGAAGGCUCCAAAGAUGAGCAGCCAGCCGGAGCAUUGCAUCACUGGAUGACAUUUUACACUUCUGCAUACCUCAACUACUUUGAGUCCAACAUGAGCGGCGGGCGGGGGCGUCUUGGUCCGGACAUGGAGGACGUCGCUGUUUGAAGCAAACAGGUGAAAAAGAGUGGGGCUCGCGUUACUUUGUUGUUUAUUAAAGCUGGCAGCCGGAAGCUUCCGUCCCCGCGUCCGCCCCGGAAAGCCAUGAUGGAUCGCCUGUCGCGACGUUCCCGCUCCCUGCUCUCUCUGACCCUGACCUCUCUGGCCCUGGCUCUGUCCAUCCUGGCGCUGUGCACCUCCUACUGGUGUGAGGGCACGCACAAGGUGGUCAAGCCCCUCUGCCUGUCGCCCGUCAAGAUGAAAAACUGCGGGCAGAACAACAGCGAGCCUUACACCACAGAGAGCCCCACCCAGAACCCUUUCAACCGCACCUUGUCCCCGGCCAGACGUGACGAGCUGGCCAAGAUCCGCCAGAGGCAGAUGUCCAACGCCGUGCACUACAUCUGGGAGACGGGCGAGGACAAGUUUGCCUUCAGAUACUUCCACACCGGCUUUUGGGAGAGCUGUGAGAAGCACAGUGAUGGGGAGAAAUGCAGGAGUUUUAUCGAGUUAACUCCAGGAGAGACGCAGGGUGUGCUGUGGCUGUCGGUCAUCUCAGAGUUCACCUACAUCGGCCUGCUGGCCACGGGCUUCCUGCUCAUGUGUCUGCAAGUAGUGUGUGCACACAAAGAGAUGAACUCCCUCAAAAUCAGUGCCUACGCUGCCAUGUGCACCGUGCUCUCUGGUCUCCUGGGCAUGGUGGCCCACAUGAUGUACACCACCGUGUUCCAGAUGACCGUCAUCGUUGGCCCCAAAGACUGGAGACCUCAGUCCUGGGACUACGGCUGGUCCUUUGCACUGGCGUGGCUGUCCUUCAGCUGCUGUAUGGGCGCCGCCGUGGUCACGCUCAACUCCUACACCAAGACCAUCAUCGAGCUGCGCCGCAAGCAGAGGCUGCGCCUGGAGGAGGCCAGGGCCGCCACGCGCGCCCCCUGCUACGAAGAGGCCGUCUCGGGGCGGGACGGCGGAUUCUACUCCGUCAGCGGCCUGCUGCACUGUCCCGACGGCGUGGUGGACGUGGCGUGGGCGCCCGACCGCGGCAUUGUGGGCAGGGCCAACGGCGACGUGCCCACGCUGGUUUUAGUCGGCGGCUGCGGGCCCGAAGGAUGCGAGGACUGCGAGAGAGAGAUGGACCAGAUGGACAAGAUGGACUCUCCUUGCUGACAAGUACAGUACAUGGACUUAUUCCACUUAAUAUCACUGUCAUGCAGGACUUAUUCCACUUAAUAUCACUGUCAUGCAGCAAUUUUUCCACUUAAUAUCACUGUCAUGCAGCAAUUAUUGCACUUGAUAUCACUGUCAUGCAGCAAUUAUUCCACUUAAUAUCACUGUCAUGCAGGACUUAUUCCACUUAAUAUCACUGUCAUGCAGCAAUUAUUCCACUUAAUAUGCAGCAAUUAUUGCACUUGAUAUCACUGUCAUGCAGCAAUUAUUCCACCUAAUAUCACCGCCAUGCAGGACUUAUUCCACCCAAUAUCACUGUCACGCAGGACUUAUUCCACUCAAUAUCACUGUCAUGCAGUACUUAUUCCACUGAAUAUCACUGUCAUGAAGGACUUAUUCCACCUAAUAUCACUGUCAUGCAGGAAUUUAUUCCACUGAAUAUCACUGUCAUGCAGGAUUUAUUCCACUUGAUAUCACUGUCAUGCAGGACUUAUUCCACUGAAUACCACUGUUAUUAAGGACUUAUUCCAUCCAACAUCACUGUCUUGCAGGACUUAUUCCACUUAAUAUCACCGCCAUGAAGGACUUAUUCACUUGAUAACGCUGUCAUGCAGGAAUUAUUCCACUUAAUAGCACUGUCAUGCAGGACUUAUUCCACUUAACACCUGCAUGUAUGACUUGUUCCACUUGAUAUCAUUGUCAUGCAGGAUUUAUUCCACUUGAUAUCACUGUCAUGCUGGACUUAUUCCACUUGAUAACACUGUCAUGCUGGACUUAUUCCACUUGAUAACACUGUCAUGCAGGACUUAUUCCACUUGAUAUCAUUGUCAUGCAGGAUUUAUUCCACUUGAUAACACUGUCAUGCUGGACUUAUUCCACUUGAUAACACUGUCAUGCUGGACUUAUUCCACUUGAUAACACUGUCAUGCAGGACUUAUUCCACUUGAUAUCAUUGUCAUGCAGAGCUUAUUCCACUUAAUCAGACUGUCAUGCAGGACUUAUUCCACUUAAUGUCACUGUUAUGCAGGACUUAUUCCACUGAAUAUCACUGUCAUGCAGGACUUGUAACUUCUCAGUGCCUCAUGUGUAAAUGUUAGAUUCACCUGCUAUAAUGCAAUCACAACAGUUAAUACCUCUACACUCUCAAUUAUUACUCAUCCUAGAAUCAUUAUUAUGUUCAAUUAUUACGAUCAGGACUACUGUGAUUAUUAUUAUUUAAUUUAAUUAUUACUAUCAGGACUACUGUGAUUAUUAUUGUUAUUGAUAUAUUAAAUUAUUACUAUCAAGACAACUGUGA